AUGGAUUCCCAAGGCUUGCGCCGCAGAGACACCACCAAGGGCCCUCCAUUGCGUAUCCUGUCGCUCGAUGGCGGUGGUGUGCGCGGCUACUCGAUGUUCAUCCUCCUACAGCAAAUUAUGCACCAGACCUUUGUCGAGAUCGAGGGACGAGCGCCGCGACGGCACGAGAUUCCCAAACCAUGCGACCACUUCGACCUCAUUGUGGGCACCGGUACCGGCGGCCUGAUUGCGCUGAUGCUUGGUCGUUUGCGACUCGACCUCGAGACCUGCAAAGAGCUCUACGUCCGGCUAACACGCAUGGUCUUUGAGACCGACAAGACGAUCGCCGGAAUACCCUACCGAUCUACCCUCUUCAAGGCGACGAAGUUGGAGGAAGCCAUCAAAGAGGCCGUUCGCGAGCACACAGUGAACGAAACGGAAGGAAACGAUGGUUCUACUAUCUUUAGCCCGCUGAGUCCGGUGUCGCGUUCGAGCGCUGCACGACCGCGGAGGCAUUCCAGCAAUGCCAGCGUUAUCAGCUUCAGCUCGCGUAGCCCACAGUCGCAAAACACAAGGCCUCCACCGUACACUUGGCGUUUGGGCGAUCCAGAAGCGCGACUGUAUGAUGAGAGAGAAUACAGGACAAAAACCGCCGUUACGGCCAUUUACAAAGGAACUCCAAAGGGCGGAGCUCCAGCAUUAUUGCGCUCCUAUGAUUCGAGACGUGAGCCUGCUCCGGAAUUUGACUGCAAGAUCUGGGAGGCUGGCCGAGCAACAUGCGCUAUCGGUCUUGCGUUUAAGCCAAUCCAGAUUGGCCAGUCCGUGUUUCACGAUGACGGUGCAGGGGACUUCAAUCCCUCCAUGAUUGCUCUGGACGAGGCUGUGGUAAAUGAGUGGCCGGGCCGUGAAGUUGGCGUCUUCAUCAGCCUCGGCACGGGCAAGAGACCAAGGGGCAGUGACGCGAACUCGGCGUUGUGGUAUGAAGGCUUCCUGGGCGAAUUUGCUGAGGCUAGGCGCAAGUUGAUUGCGAAGAUCGAGGGGUGCGAAAAGAUCCACGAAAAGAUGAAGAAAGAGCACUUGGCGCGCCGGGGCGUCAAUCCAGAGAACUACUACCGGUUCAACGUCGAAGUCGGCGUGGGGGAGUUUGGCAUGAACGAGUGGAACCGGCUGGCCGACAUUAGCACCAACACUAAGCACUACCUCUCCAGAGAUGAGGAAAACCGGAUGGUGCAAAGCGCAGCGGCGAAGCUGGCCAAGAUUCACUUUGCUCGAUUGAGGAGAGAGCGAGCAGAGAACGCGACAGUGCCGGCGUCAGCGCCAAACGCGGUCCAGCCGUAUGUUCCUGUUUCAGAUAUAGAAAUCCCUAUGAUUGCUGAACUGCCCGGCGACUUUCCCACGAUUGCCCCGCCUCGUCCAUCUACACCACCAAGCAGGCAGUCCUUCGACUCGGGCACCGACUCGCUGCCAGUGCGCACCCACACCCCGUCGCCAAGGACUUCGGCCGAGCGACCACAGCAGUCUCCGAACUUAAGCGCGCAGCCGUUCCAACUUGCUGCGCCUCCCCCACCGUCGUCAAUGCCUAUGCCUGGUUCCCCGUCACAGGCACCACCCACUCGGCCUCCUAAGCAAGUUGGCCCAGGAGUGCCUGGUCUCCCAUCAUCCGAUGACUCAGAUCGCCUGGUUGUCAACGCGCCUACACCAUCGCAGUAUCGUCUUGCCUCGUCUGUGGAGAAGAUCACCGUUGUAGGACCAGACGACUGGCCCUACUGGCCACAGGAGCCGCCAGCACAAGCUCCUCCCUUCCUGGAGCCCCCUCCACGCCCUCCCAAGACGCCGCUUCCAGAACAUCAGCAGGGACCAGGCAGGAAAAUGACCGCGCCAGUACCGGCGCCUGCUCCCUUGCCUCCUUACCCUCUCGAUGAUGACGAGCAGCCGCCGCCGAUGGUGAAUAUGGCACGAAAACCGAGGUAUACAUCUCAAUAA